AAGUCAUUUUUUUUAAUGUGAGAAAUCGCAGUUACAGUCACAAACGGGCUUCGCCGCUCGCAGCGCCGCAGAGGCAAGAGAGAGCAAGCAAACACAGAGCUCCCUUUUCACUUUUCUGCGCAAAGAGCCACCAGGUCGUUAUGGACAGCCAGCUUCUCUGCUUGAACCGGACCAUCUCUUCGCUUAAACCCAACCCAAUCAGAAUUUUUCACCAAAUCAGUACUCCGAAACCAAUUUCAAGCCGGUCUUAUCGCUUCCCUGCAGGAUUCAUUUAUAACAGGAUAAAGUGCUCAAUGAAGUCUUACAAGUUAUCAGAACUUACUCAAACUGAGGUUGAACGCCUAAAGGCUCGUCCUCGUAUAGAUUUCUCUUCCAUUUUCAGCACAGUCCAGCCCAUUGUUGAUGAUGUUCAGAAAAGAGGCGAUGCUGCAGUUAAGGACUACACUGCAAAGUUUGACAAAGUUGAACUGGAAAAGAUAGUUGAAAAUGUCUCCGAGCUCCCAGAUCCAAUGCUUGAUCCAUCUAUUAGAGAAGCAUUUGAUGUGGCAUAUGACAAUAUAUAUGCAUUUCAUGUUGCUCAGAAAUCUGUUGAGAAAAGUGUUGAGAACAUGAAAGGUGUCAAAUGCAAACGAGUUGCAAGAAGCAUCUCAUCUGUAGGUCUUUAUGUUCCCGGGGGAACUGCAGUUUUACCUUCAACAGCUCUGAUGCUUUCAGUUCCAGCACAGAUUGCUGGGUGUAAAACUGUUGUUCUUGCAACCCCUCCUAGUCAUGAUGGUAACAUAUGCAAGGAGGUGCUCUAUUGUGCCAAGAAGGCUGGAGUGACUCACAUCCUUAAAGCUGGAGGAGCUCAGGCAAUUUCCGCCAUGGCUUGGGGGACGGAAUCUUGCCCUAAGGUUGAGAAGAUUUUUGGCCCUGGAAAUCAAUAUGUCACAGCUGCAAAAAUGAUUCUCCAAAACAGUGAAGCCAUGAUUUCAAUUGACAUGCCCGCAGGCCCUUCAGAAGUGUUAGUCAUUGCUGACAGAAAUUCCAAUCCUAUUCAUGUAGCUUCGGAUUUGCUUUCUCAGACUGAAGGUCUUCCUGCAUUAUGUAGUUCUACAUUAUGGCUUGCCAAGUUUUAG